AUGGACGUUAGAUUGGACGGACAACCAACUGCUGGACAGGACAGACCUUUGGACCUUGCUGAUCAACAAGCACCCCACGAUGGCAAUCCUCAAGAUCCUUCUGUGGCAGCAACCGGUAGCACAGCGCGAGUAUUAACAUGCUACUGCGAAGGCCACUGUCCGGGAGAUUUGCAGAAUGGGACGUGCGAUACCCGACCCGGCGGUUCCUGUUUCGCAUCGGUCGAGGCAGUGCUGGACGAGGAAACGAAGCAGAUCGUACCGGAGUGGAGUCACGGAUGUAUGUCACCGGAGCAGGGUGGUGGAUUGUUACAGUGCAAAGUCGGUACAGUGUCCCCACAGCUGCACGGCAAAAGUAUCCUAUGCUGCGACAACGACGAUCUCUGCAAUCAGGACCUGAAACCAUUCUAUAGUCCGCGUACGACGACGACACCCGAACCGCCGCUAGUGAAUACGAACAGUAUACCACUGUUUGUGCUCAUCAUUUCCGUCGUCCUCUGCGUGGCUGGGCUCAUAAUGUUGCUCGGUGGCAUCUACUGUGUGUACCGAAGGCGCGAAAAGCGAAAACCGGCCUACCUGAUGAACUCGCUGUACAACACCACCAACGGCCAUCUACCGAUAGCGGAUCUGGUGGAACAGACGAGUGGCAGCGGAUCGGGAUUGCCCCUGCUGGUACAGCGAACCAUUGCCAAACAGAUCCAGAUGGUCCAUUCGGUCGGCAAGGGCCGGUACGGUGAGGUGUGGCUGGCCAAGUGGCGCGACGAGAAGGUGGCGGUAAAGAUUUUCUUCACCACCGAGGAAGCGUCCUGGUUCCGGGAGACCGAAAUCUACCAGACCGUGCUAAUGCGUAACGAAAACAUUCUCGGGUUCAUUGCGGCCGACAUCAAAGGGACGGGCUCGUGGACCCAGAUGCUGCUAAUCACGGACUAUCACGAGCUCGGCUCGCUGCACGACUACCUCCAGAAGCGCGUCCUCAAUCCGCACAUGCUGAAAACGCUUGCCCUCUCGCUAGCGUCCGGUGUCGCUCAUCUGCACACGGAAAUCUUCGGCACACCGGGCAAACCGUCGAUCGCACACCGGGAUAUCAAGAGCAAAAACAUACUGGUGAAGCGGAAUGGUCAGUGUGCAAUUGCGGACUUUGGGCUGGCGGUGAAGUACACGAGCGAGUCGGACGAGAUACAGAUAGCGCCGAAUUCGCGCGUCGGUACAAGGCGAUACAUGGCACCGGAGGUGCUGAGCGAAACGCUCGAUCUGAAAGUGUUCGAAGGAUUUAAAAUGGCGGACAUGUAUUCGGUGGGGCUUGUGUUCUGGGAGAUGGCACGCCGCUGCAUAACGACCGUGCGGGGUGCGAAGAACACGACCACGUGCGAGGAUUACGCCCUGCCGUAUCAGGAUGUAGUACCGUCCGAUCCGAGCUUCGAGGAUAUGUAUGCGGUCGUGUGCGUGAAGGGCGUCCGACCGCCCAUCCCGCAGCGGUGGCAGGACGAGGACAUUCUCGUAGUAUUAUCGAAGAUUAUGCAGGAAUGUUGGCAUCCGAGCCCGGCCGUACGGUUAACGGCGCUUCGGGUGAAGAAAACGCUUGUCAAGCUCGAGACAGACUGUACGAUUAAGAUAGUGUAA